AUGGCGGCGCUGAGGUGGGAGGUUCUGCUGUUCCUGGUGGUCGUCCUGCUGGUCUCCUGCAGUGCCGCAUCCACCGACAUCCUGUAUCGGGUUCCUGAGGAGCAGCCGCCCAACACACUGAUUGGCAGCCUGGCGGCGGACCAGGGCCUGCCCGACACCGGCCACCUCUACAAGCUGGAGGUGGGCUCGCCGUACCUGCGGGUGGAUGGCAAGACCGGCGACAUCUACACCACCGAGAUCCCCAUUGACCGCGAGACGCUGAGGGACUGCCGCAACCUGUUCGAGGGCGACAAAUGCUUCCUGGAGUUCGAGGUGUCGAUCACCGACAUGGUGAAAGGGAUCGGCUCGGGGCCGCGGCUGAUAGAGGGCCGCAUCGAGGUGAUGGACAUCAACGACAACACGCCACAGUUCUCCUCGCCCAUCCUCACCCUGUCCAUCCCUGAGAACACGCACAUCGGCGCCCUCUUCUCCAUCCCCAUGGCCACCGACAGGGACUCUGGCGCCAACGGUGUGGCAGAGUACUCACUGAGCACUGGGCCUGACGCUGACCAGCUCUUCAGCCUGCAGGUCGCAGUGGACUCCGACGAGAAGCUGCCUCAGCUGGUCGUCAUGGGCAACCUGGAUCGUGAGAAGAAGGACUCGUAUGACCUGAACAUCCGGGUGGUGGACGGAGGGAAGCCGGCAAGAGCGAGCAGUGCACUGCUGCGGGUCACCGUCACCGACCAGAACGACAACUCGCCAAAGUUUGAGCGGAGUCACUACGAGGCCGACCUGCCGGAGAACAGCCCGCAGGGACACUCUGUGCUGCAGGUCAGAGCCAACGACGCGGACACCGGCUCCAAUGGGGAGAUCGACUACAGCCUCCAUCAGGUGACAGAGGCCGUCCAGAGGCUUCUGCGCAUCGACCGCUCUACUGGCAUCAUCUACGUUAAGGGCCUGGUGGACCGCGAGGAGGAGAGCUUUCUCAAGUUCUUUGUGGUCGCCAAAGAUCGUGGGCCCAACUCCAAGAGCACCAAGGUCCUGGUGAACAUCAGCGUCAAGGAUGUGAACGACAACGCACCCGCCAUCGAGAUCCGUGGUAUCGGCUUGGUGACACACCAGGAUGGCGUGGCCAACAUUUCUGAGGACAUGCCCAUCGGCACGCCAGUGGCAUUGGUCCAGGUGUCGGACCGUGAUGAGGGGGAAAACGCGGUGGUGACUUGUGUGGUUGCCGGCGACGUCCCGUUUCAGCUCCGACCUGCGAGUGAGUCGGCCAACGACCGGAAGAGGAAGUACUUCCUGCAGACAACAACCCUGCUGGAUUAUGAGCGUGUGAAGGAUUACAGGAUUGAAAUCGUCGCAGUGGAUUCUGGGAACCCGGCCCUGUCCAGCACCAACUCCCUCAGAGUGCAGGUCACGGACAUGAACGACAACACGCCAGUCUUUUCACCUGCCAUGCUCGAGGUGGACUUUCCAGAGGGCAAUCAGCCGGGUGACAGGGUGUUGGACAUCACUGCGACAGACGCUGACAGCGGCACCAACGCAGAGCUGGUCUACAGCAUCAUCGAGCUGUCGGCCACCAGGCUAUUUGAAAUUGAUGCCGACACUGGAGAAAUUCGAGUGAAGAACCUGCUGGAUCGGGAAGAGACGGAGCGUUACGAGUUCCGCGUGGCGGCGGCAGAUAAGGGUGUUCCCAGCAAAACUGGCACCGCUACAUUGGUGAUUAAUGUUCUGGACCGCAAUGACAACGAUCCCAAGUUUAUGCUGAGCAGCUACAGCUUCUCCGUCAUCGAGAACAUGCCUCCACUCAAUCCCGUUGGCGUGGUGACUGUCACUGAUGCCGAUAAGGGUGAGAACGCCCGCGUGAAGCUGUAUGUGGAACAGGACAACAGCAAGUUUGUCAUCCAGAACGGCACCGGCACCAUCCUGUCCAGCAUCUCCUUCGACCGUGAGAAGGAGAGCACCUACACCUUCCGCCUGAAGGCCGUGGACGCUGGUGACCCUCCUCGAUCGUCCUACGUGGGUGUGACCAUCAACGUCCUGGACGAGAACGAUAACGCCCCCUACGUCACCAAACCAGCGAACUCCUCCUACACGUACAUGUCCCCCGUCACCCCGCCAGACACCAGCGUUGAGGUGGUGGAGGCUGAGGACAUUGACUCUGGACCCAACGCUGAGCUGGUCUACACCAUCACAGGUGGCAACCCGUACGGCCUGUUCCACAUCUCGCCAAACAGCGGGGAGAUCACGCUGGUGCAGGAGUUCACCGGCAAGCACAACGGGCUGCACCGCCUGGUGGUGAGGGUCAGCGAUAAAGGCAAACCUCCCCGCCACACCACCGCCCUGGUCCACGUCUUUGUCAACGACACCAAGUCCAACGUCUCCCUCAUCGAGGCACUGGUCGGGCACAGCCUCUACACCCCGCUGGACAGGGACAUUGCCGGAGAUCCCAACUACGCCCUCGCACAGCGCAGCAACAUCCUGUACGGCAGCCUGGCGGGGGUCGCAGGCGUGAUUCUUGUCAUCGUAGCCGUGGUGGUCAUCAGACACCGACUGCAGAAGGACACAAAGAGCGGUUACCAGGCCGGCAAGAAGGAGAGCAAGGACCUGUACGCGCCCAAGCAGGGCCCCAAAAACGGCAAAGGCAAAAAGAGCAAGAAAGGAAAAGCUCCCAAACCGGCGAAGCCGCUGGAAGAGGACGAGGAGGCGAGCCUGCAGAAAGGCCUCAAGUUCAACCUCAUCAACGACAACGUCAACGACAGUCCCAGAAUCCACCUGCCCCUCAACUACCCGCCAGGAAGCCCCGACCUGGGCCGCCACUACCGCUCCAACUCCCCGCUGCCCUCCAUCCAGCUGCAGCCGCAGUCGCCCUCCGCCUCCAAGAAGCACCAGGCCGUUCAGGACCUCCCCGCCACCAACACCUUCGUGGGAACGGGCGACAACAACUCCACGGGCUCCGACCAAUAUUCGGAUUACAGCUACAAGGCCAACCCGCCCAAAUACAGCAGCAAACAGGUAGGAGACUACGCAAACACGGCCAUGUACCACAGGGACAUCCAUUGGACCAACGGGGUGUGGUAG